AUGCAUGUCAGAAUAUGGCUCCCAUUGCACCAUCUCCGCCUCAAGCAGGGCCUUCAUCAUCCCUAUGUGAAGUCGGAAACUCGAGGCCUGUGGCGUAAGUUCCUUGAUUUUCUUCAUCCUCAUCGUAUGGGCUUCCUAGAAGUGUUGCUGAGCUUCCAGAAUAGAUGUGCCAAUUGCCGACAAAGACGAUCCUACUGCUCGAAAGAGAAGCCUACCUGUUCACGAUGUCGUGACAGCGGCCUGAACUGUACGUAUGAGACGAGUGUCAAGAUCACCGUCACAGAGGCCUAUCUACGAGAACUCGAAGCUAAGGCUAAAGCGUAUGACGACUCGCUUCUUCGGCAGUCUCAGCUACCAGCUCCGAUCUCUGGAAAAGCGCCUGCCCACCGCAUCUCAGCCGAAGAGCACGAGGAAGGAUUUGAAGAUGAACAUCCCUUGCUCGAGCCGUUCAAUCAGAUGAGCGUUCACAAGCCCUCGACAAGCUUCAAGGGCCCUGGUAAUUCGGACAAUUUUCUACGCAGUGUGAGAAACCUUUCAGGUUUCUACGGCGACGACGGGAGCCUGGACGCCAACACAAACUUUUACGAGCCAAGUGCCCUACCUUCAAGACGUGAAAAAGCGAGGACGCAAGUUCGACUCCCGCCUAUAGACAUUGCCCGACGACUAUUUGCCGCACAGUACACCUAUAUUGGGACGAUAUUCGCCUUUACGGAUCCUAAAGCCAGCUUCGAUCGCUCGCUCAUCGAGGCGUCUCGAGGUCCUCCUGAUCCCUCUGACAGAGAAGCAUGUUUGUCAUACGCAAAGGUCCUCAUCAUUUUGGCUUUCGGUCAACUCUACUCUGUCAACCAAUGGGUCGAUUUCAGGGGUCCGCCAGGGUUCGACUACUUCACGCAUGCCUUGAACCUAUUACCCGAUACCCAUGAAGAAGGAUCGUUGUUGUGCGUGGAAACACUGGCCCUCAUCGGGUAUUUCAUGCAGAACAUGAACCGUCGUGAUGCUGCGUUCUUGUAUACCGGUAUGGCUCUUCGCAUGGCCAUCUCGCUUGGGCUGCAUCAUGAAGUCGGAUUUAGUGCGGCACCACAUGCUUUGCAAGGUCAGGAUAACAACCCGACCGCCUUGGAUAAUGCGACACGCGAACAUCGUCGCCGAGUUUGGUGGUCUGUGUAUAGUCUAGAUCGCAUCCUAUCGGUCAAAUCGGGAAAUCCCAUCACCAUCCAAGACGAGGAUAUCGGCGUCGACCUGCCUUCGAGACUCCAGACGGAAGCAGAAUAUUGCCCAGCAGUGGUGCUUCGGCAUUAUACCGAGCUCUCAAAAAUCCUCGGUGAAAUCCACAACGCCAUCUAUCGUAAGACCAGCAAGACAGCGCCUAAAUCUGGAAAACGCUUAAUGGCAUCGGUUCAGAGCAUCGUUCUCAGCCUGUCCAAGUGGAAUAGCAACUUACCAGAUGAGCUUCGGUUUGACCCUGCUCGGCUUAGCAUUAGCCGCGAGAGCGUCAGCACGUUUGCGCAUUACUAUCAGUGCAUCAACAUGACUGCGCGGCCCUUGCUCUUCCACGUUGUACAGAAGCGACUCCAAAAGAUCCGCGCCAGCAGCGAUGCAGGGGAGAAAGAGCGAGGCUGGAAAGAGGGAUUGUCCCAAACGACUGUCAGGGUUAUCGACAUGUGCAUCGGUGCGGCGCAGGACACUAUCAACAUCAUGACCGUAGCUGCGCAGAGAGAUCUUGUUGCAACAUAUGGAUACAUGGACGGAGAACAUGUCUUCUCAGCAUCCAUCGUUCUCGUCAUGGUUUGCGUCGCCUUCCCGACAGACCCGUCCAGCAUCAUGGCGAUGAACGCCGGUCUCGAUCUCCUCCGAGGCAUGGGCGAGCGAGGCAACAGCUACAUGGGCGCCCGCUACGAGCUCCUCGCCAACCUUCGCUCGGCCGUCAUGUCCGGGACAAACGCCCACGCCGAACCCCUGCCUCCGUUCCCGACAAGCUUCUCGCCGACGGAAUCGCUAGUGUUGGCAGGAGCAGGAGGAGGGCUUCUUCCAAGUACACAGCCGACUAGUAGCAGUAGUGUACUGCCAAUGACUACGGGCGACACUCGAGGAGGCCACAUGGCGAUGCAAGGCGUGACGGGUCAGCAGCGGGUGACGUUCCCCGUCGUCGACAACAGCUCCCUAGGUGAACCCUUUUUCGAUGAGAGCGUGAGCACGGUGAUGGACUUUGGGCUCUGGGAAGAAGGCUUUGCCGACCCGGCGAUGGACGCGAGCUUUGACUUUUCGCAAUGGACUCACGCGGCUGGCAUGACUCAGGCUGAUGAUAGGAUGGAUCGUAGACUCGACGCCAAUGGCCUGGUUAGAGUCAAGAAAACCCAUCAACCGACACUGGACAACCCAAGCCAUUAUGGACAAUCGUUAUUCGUUACCGAACCGUUCCCCAAGUCCCAAACUCUGGGCGCCACUCCGACGCCGGGGGCCGGGUGGAUACGAGCAACUAUCAGCGCUAUCAGAAUUGUCGGUGGGGAAAGAUGUGGGAAGUCCCAAGUUCCCCCGCAAGUAUCAGGGGUCGGCGAGGACCUCCGAUCUUCUUGGUUGGCCGUGGACAAGUUCGCGGUUGGCACAAUCAUAAAGGCGGCUACAAGUUCACAUCCAGAAGCCAGUUCAGCCAUGGCGACCAUCUCCACUCCAGACGACGUCUCCGGCGCCGGCGUGGAGAAGGGUCUCGGCAGCGACAUUGAUCGCUCUGAAUCCAACAAUGGCACAAUGGCAAUCGAGUCCCUUGAUCCCGCGGCCGAGAAGAAGCUUCUCUUGAAGCUCGACGCCUACUUCGUCCCAAUCAUCAUGGUCGUCUACCUAACCUGCUUCCUCGACCGCACAAACAUCGGCAACGUCCGCGUCGCCGGCAUGCCCGAGGACAUCGGCGCCACAACCCAAGAGUUCUCGACCGCAAUCUCCAUCUUCUACGCAACCUACGUCGUCUUCGAGCCCCCAUGGACAAUCAUGAUGAAGCGCAUCACACCGCGCGUCCUCCUCACGGGCCUCUGCAUCAUCUGGUCCCUCUCCACCGUCUUCUCGGGCUUCAUCCACAACAUCGGCGGCCUCUACGCCGUCCGCCUCGUCCUCGGCAUGUGCGAGGCCGGCUUGUUCCCUGCGCUGAAUCUGUAUCUCACUAUGGUGUAUAAGCGCGACGAGCAGGCUAAGAGAGUGUCGUAUCUGUUUGUGUGCUCUGCUAUUGCGGGCGCGUUUGGUGGGUUGUUGGCGUAUGCGCUGUUAAAGAUGGAUGGGGUGGCUGGGUAUGCUGGUUGGCGAUGGGUGUUUAUUAUCGAGGGUGUUGUGAGCAUCCUGAUUGCUCCGAUUCUGUGGUUCGGUCUGCCGAAUGACCCCUCGAAUGCGUACUUCCUCUCCGACGAGGAGAAGCGCAUGAUGAAGAUUCGUGCUGCGCAGCGUGCUCAGUAUAUGGGAAGUGAUGAGUUCAGCUGGGAGGAGAUCAAGAUUGAACUUCGCGAUCCCAAGCUUUACCUGAGCGGAGCCAUCCAAUUCUGUCAAGACAUCCUCCUCUACGGCUUCAGCACAUUCCUCCCUUCCAUCAUCGUGUCCAUGGGCCGCACGAGCAUCGAAGCCCAAUACCUCAGCAUUCCCGUCUUCCUCUUCGGCGCCAUCGCCUUCCUGGCGACAGCCUACAUCUCGGAUCGCAUCCUCGUCCGCGGCCCGCUCAUCUUCCUUGCCAACAUCCCAGGCAUCAUCGGCUAUAUCCUCAUCAUCUGCCCGACGAGCAGCGGCGUCAAAUUCUUCGGUACCUUCCUCUGCGCCAUUGCCGUCUACAACGGCCCCGGUCUCAACCUGACGUGGCUCAACGUAAAUGUCGCGCCGCAGUACCGCCGUGCUACGGCAAUUGGUAUGCAGCAGGCUAUUGGCAACUGUGCGGGUAUCGUUGCCGGUCAGAUUUACCGCAAGGCGCCGUAUUUGCUUGGUAACGCGUUCUCUGUCGGUGCGCUGGGUGUUGCGCAGCUUUUGGUUGUUGGAAAGUGGUUCUAUAUCCGCCACUGCAAUGAGAUGAAGAGGAAGAUUGAGAGUGGCGAGAUGGAGGAUAAGAGGAAGGUUAAGACUGGUGAUUGGGAAUUGGAUUUCAAGUAUCACAUGUAG